UAUGUGGAAUGUGUAGCAGCUUGGUACGCUCUUCCAGGCUCUGCAAUAGGAAUCGGGAGAGGGAAAGGAAGAAGAGGUGAGGCUGCUGAAGCUACAGUGUUUCAGGGAUCCUCUCCUGCAUACUGACAACUGCAAGGUACCUCAGGACUCCUUCUAGAGGACAUGCCGACACAGAGGGACAAUACCAUGUCCCAGCCAUCAGAACACGCCCACCAGGUCCGGGUUAAAGCAUAUUUUAAGGGGAGAAAGAAAAGAGGUUGAAAUGUCGGUUCCUCCUUGUGGCCUACAAGAUGCAAGAAAUUAGUCUGCCUUCUACCCAGAGCAUGCCAGACCCGGGUGCAUUAGAGGGGCCUGUGUUCCCGAAGCCCGACAUGGACAUACAACUGCACGAGCCCAGCUGUAUACUGAUACUGAUCUUAACUGGCAAAAUCAUAAUAAAUAUCCAUUAUUUACAGGAUUUUGCUGUUUGUAGCAUGAGGUUCACUAACUAUCACAUCUGCCUGUUUACUCAGAUCAUAUCCCAUGCGUAUGGCAUUCUACACUAUCCAGUGCUGUUAACAGCAGGGCUAGAUUAUUACAAUACUGUUGUUAAAUCCAUUCAUCUCCCCAGGCUUUGUCUCGGCUUCCUGCAUGUUAUACUUACCCUGCUCCUAUGGACGGCAGCACUAUCCUUUGCCCUCUAUUCUUCUGUUCCUCCUCCAAUCUCAGGCCCUGGACUGUCCUCAUACCAGUGCACUUUCUACGUCAGCAGCCAGACUUAUUAUUUAUCAGCUGCAGUGGUGUGUGCCAUUGUUUUUAUUCUGGGAAUAUGUUGCUUUGAAGUGGUGGCUUUAAUAAAAUCCAUGAAGCUCAUCUCCUUCACCAACAAGACUGUCCUGUUUUCCUGUGGAGAUGAGUGGCCUGUCCAAGGAACCAUAUGUCUCUAUACUGCUCUUGUGUUCUCGUUUCUGGGCACUUGGGCUCCAUUUGUCCUCCGUAAAAUUAUUCUCCUCAUUUUGUGUGCACCAAUCCCAGGCUACAUGGACAUGAACGUGGCUUGGCUUUAUUUUAUGAACAGUUUCCUUGUGGGAUUGGCCUAUGUCCUUAAGUAUCCUCAAAUUGACCCGACCAGAGAGACCUUUUCCAUAGACCCUUUCAUCAGCUGGAAAUAUUGCAUUCUGCCUUUUAUUGACAUUCACUACAAAGCAGAAGAUUAUUUGAAUGAGCAGUUACAUCCAGUUAUGAUUGUUUGAUUCAUUUCAUGUUCCAGGCUACAGUUAGUAAAAUAGGAAAUC